GCAAAAGAAGGAUAUUGUGGAUGUCUUGAGUGAUAAUUGUAUUGAAAAUGAUAUUUGGACUAAGGAUAUUUUUGCUGAAGAUAUCCAUGAUGAUGUCUUUGCUAAAGAUGUCUUUUCUGAUGAUAUAUCUACUGAAAGCAGUGAAUUUGAUGAGGAUGAAAGUAAAAAAGAGCUUGAAGAAUAA